AUGGAUAAACGAGAACAAUCUCAAAGAUUUAAUAAUGAUGUUAGUGAAAUUAUGCCAAAAAUCAAAAUAUUAUUACAAAAUGAUGAAUUCUUGGUUAUCGAUAAACCCUAUGAUGUUAGAAUAGAUGGUGAUACAUCGAAAGGACAUACAGGUUGUUACUGUUUGGCAUUAACAAAAAAAUCUGCCGGAAUAGCGAGUGUUGCUUUUGCUAAACGUAAAGUUGAUAAAUAUUAUUUGGCCAUUGUUAGAGGCUGGUUAAAAAAUGAUAGUUAUGUAGUUGAACAACCUAUUGCAGAAGUACCAAAUAAUAGAUAUCGAAUGAGUAUAGGUACAGAUGGUAAUCCAGGAAAGUCUGCAAAAACAGAAAUCAAAGUUCUCCUAACGUUAGUUAGUCUUCAUCCUAUUACAGGUAGAAGACACCAAUUAAGAUUACAUUGUCAAUUUUUAAAUCAUCCUAUUGUUGGUGAUUGGCAUUAUGAGAGACAAAUUAUGAAUUAUACCGACACUUGGCGUAUGAUGUUACAUGCUCAGAAAUUAGUUAUACCAUUAUAUAAAAAUGAUGAAGAAAAAGGAAGAAUUUUGGACGUAGAUGCCGGAGAUCCUUUUUCUGAAUUGGUUGUUGAAGAUUUAAGAAAUAAUGUUGUUGAAAAUUGA